ACAAGGCAGUGAGCAAGAAAUUCCAUUCCUGUUGAAAUCAGUAAUUCCUCUGUGCAGGCUGGUUUUUUUUUUGUGUGUGUGUGCUUCUGUGUCACUUCGAGAAGGGCUCUGAUAUUAUUAUUACUUUAAAUAUAGCUUGCCCUGGGGCGGGGAAAUGCACAAGGAAGGAGUCGGCAAGCAGCCUAUCUCUCAGAAGAAAAGAGCAAGCCUCACAGCACAGGAACUGGCUUCACUCAAGUGUGCAGUUUAGAAGUCAAGAAAACUAUUCCAAAUACCACCAUCUUGGAGGAGACUGAAGAAAAAGGACACAAAACUGGCUAAACACAGUGAAGAACAUGCUAAAUCAGGGUACAAAGUGCACCUAACUGCAGUCUGAGAGUGGGCUCUGAAGUACAAUCUUGGUUUUGCUUUUCAGCUGGAUUUUCAAUGUAUGCCAACAAUGGACUUCCCAUGGAACUGAGAACAAAACAUUUCAGCUUUUGGAGUAAUUCUGGUACGUUUUUCUACAUCAUGCUAGUGGCAAAAGGUUGUGCUCCUUCAACUUCUGGCAUGGACAACUGAGGAAUAUAAAGCCUGAUGGUGACAAGGGGUGAAAAUUUCCCGUUUUCCACUAUUUAUCUCACCAGUUUCAGACUUAGCAAUGGAUAUUCUUCCUGAUGAGGAGAGCUCUGUGAACCCAACUACAAAUUCCCUAAUACAAAUAAAUCAUGAGAGAAGACUCUACAGAAAUGUUUAUGGAGCUGGAGAGAUUAAUAUAUCACAUCUCUUUAACUUGACUGUGGACUCUGAAAACCUAACCAAUCUUUCUUGUGAAAGCAACAUGAGUCCAUCGUGCCACCCUUCCCUGUUUCAGCUUUCACAGAAAAACUGGCCAGCUUUGCUGACAGUGAUGGUGAUUGUUUUAACCAUUGCUGGGAAUAUUCUUGUCAUCAUGGCUGUGUCACUGGAGAAAAAACUACAGAACGCUACUAACUAUUUUCUAAUGUCACUCGCAAUAGCUGAUAUGCUGCUGGGUUUCCUUGUCAUGCCUGUGUCAAUGUUAACCAUACUUUAUGGAUACACAUGGCCUCUGCCUACAAAGCUCUGUGCUGUCUGGAUCUACUUGGACGUACUUUUCUCCACUGCCUCCAUCAUGCAUCUCUGUGCCAUCUCACUGGAUCGCUAUAUUGCCAUUCGAAACCCCAUCCAUCACAGCCGGUUUAACUCAAGAACUAAGGCUUUUGCAAAAAUAAUUGCUGUUUGGACCAUAUCAGUUGGUAUCUCUAUGCCUGUACCUGUCUUCGGACUACAAGAUGAUUCCAAAGUGUUUAAGAAAGACAGCUGCCUACUUGCAGAUGAGAAUUUUGUCCUAAUAGGCUCUUUUGUGGCAUUCUUUAUCCCUCUAACGAUCAUGGUGGUCACCUACUUUUUAACUAUCAAGUUGCUGCAGAAGGAAGCCACGCUAUGCGUGAAUGACAUUGGCCCAAAGACCAAAUUUGCUUCAUUUAGCUUCCUCCCUCAGAGUUCUCUGUCCUCAGAGAAACUCUUUCAGCGCUCUUUGAACAGAGACAUGGGAACUUCUGGAAGAAGAACCAUGCAAUCCAUCAGCAACGAGCAGAAGGCUUCCAAGGUUCUUGGCAUUGUCUUCUUUCUGUUUGUUGUGAUGUGGUGCCCGUUUUUCAUCACCAAUGUGAUGGCCGUAAUUUGCAAGGAGUCAUGCAAUCAAAAAGUCGUUGGAGAACUACUUAAUGUAUUUGUUUGGAUUGGCUACCUUUCUUCAGCUGUCAACCCACUCGUAUAUACAUUGUUCAAUAAAACCUACCGCUCAGCUUUCUCUCGUUACAUUCAGUGUCGCUACAAGGAGGAGAAGAAACCCUUCCAGCUGAUUUUAGUGAACACUAUCCCAGCACUUGCAUAUAAUUCCAGCCAGCUCCAUCUAGCUCAAAUGAAGAGUUUGAAAAAUGAGGCAAAAAUGAUGGCUAAGGACUAUUCGAUGGUCACGAUAGGAAUACAUCAUUUGGAUGGUACCUCCAAGGGAAAUAUUAGCCCAGCAAACGAAAAGGUUAGCGGUGUGUGACAGUUGGCAGCUGCCAUGACAACAAUCAUGCACACUCUGGGAGCUUCACCUGGCUGUGAGAAGCUCUAAUAGCUGAAGAAAAUCAGUCCUGUUCAAGAGACCCACCAAGAACAUCACAUACUCCUCACAUUAUCCUGUGGAUGAAAAGCAGGGUUGGAAUGGUAUCAGAUGUGCAAUUUCUUUUCAUACAGUACUUUGGCUGUUUUAAGCACAGGCUUUAUUAAACUUAUUUUUUUAAUAUUCUAAAGGAUAUAUUUCUUAAAGAAAAAAUGCAAUUUCUUGUAUUAUAACAUGGGCUGUGAAGAAAACCUAAGCUUUUCUUUUUGCAAAUGAAAGCUAAGCUGUCCUUUGAUGUUCUCGCAGAGUAGGCUCCAGCUAGUUUGUGUUGCUACAAUGGAACUUUGUUAUCAUUAACUGAAUGAGCACUUUACAGAAUUUUAAAUAAAAUGAUAGUUAAUUUGCUAAUAUAUAUUUAAAAUAAAUUUUGAAGUAUUAAAGAAAAAAUCUAUUAAAACCUGUAUAGAUUAAUGAUAUGGACAUUUUGGUAACAGUGUUUUUAUGGCCUUUUUUUUCUUCUGAGUGGCCAUUAUAAAAUGUCACUGGGAUUUCUGCCAUUUGCUCUACAGUUCAGAGGUAAAUUAUACUUGAAUGAUCCUUUGUUUCUACCACCAUUCAUGAUCUUUAUUUCAUAUCUUGUACUUUAUUUCCAUUCAAAAAGUUUCAUCUGUUCAGUUUACAACUUGAAACUAUUUUUUUCAAAAGUAAUUAUUUGGGUUGAUUUCAUGUUCCUUCCCACCAGUGUUGACAGGAAAAUGAAGUGAGAGAAGAGUGGAAAAUCAGGGGCAACACUGCCAAAUAAUUUCAGACGGGGGGUUAGAACUAGAUGAUCUUAAGGUCCUUUCCAACCCUAACUAUUCUAUGAUUCUGUGAUUGCAAAUCCAUGCCUAUGUUUGAUUCCAACAGAGUCUGAUAUAAGUAAUGUCAGUGGAUGUUUUGCUUGAGUAAAGCCUCCAGCAAAAUUUGCAGCAGAUCCUUUCUCAUCAUUUCUCUUUGGUUAAAAAAGCCAUUCUGAAGAAUGUCCUUCUAGUUUUGUUUUAGGGCUUGUAGAGCCAGAGUUAUUAGAAACUGUUGGAUGCUCAAAAUUGUUUUACCUGGUUUCACUGUUUUGCUGUUACUGUAGAUUGCUCAGGAAUGGUAGGUAGCUUGCACUAUUAGGACUAGCCUUAAUUAAAUACAUAUGGGCAAAUGGGGCCCACUUGAGAAAGAACACGACUUGUAACUGGCACUCUAUUUCACCUGCCUAACUCCAAGGGCAGAAUGCAUUACAUAAAGAAUAUCAAACACAUUUCUUGAGAGAAAUGCCUGGUCAUGAAACUAUUUCCUUUCAGGCACCACAGACAAUCACACAGAAGCCAGCAGGAUGCUGCUGGAGAGCAGAAAUAUAAAUGUUCCAUCCACCUGCAAAACCUAAAUCCAAGCAUUUUAUUUGUUCCAUGGAUUUUCCAGCUAAAAUUAUUAGAAGCAGGAUGUAUUCCAAUUUCAGAUCCUGUCCACUCUGAAAAAAUACUGCCUACCCAGAAGCCAAACUCCAAUGCCUUCAUCAGCCCUUCCCCUGAAACUGUUCAGCUUUCAUAGACAAAUUAAAUUUCCACUAAGGCAAAGAAAGAGAGAGACAAACUGAAUCUGAUUACAGCAUGCUAGCUGGGGGUCUCUGGGAGAGGAAGAUUUCUAGCUUAAACUACUGAUCUGUGGUAGAAAAGUACUUAAAAUGUGUCUGGGUAUUUGGCUGAUUUCCAAGAAACUGCUGUUAUUGUUCUUAUGCCAGCAUGUUAACUAAAUCUGUCACUUCUAUGAGCCAUUUCGUCCAGUGCGGGAUAGGUCAGAGCCACUGUGCACAAGUCACAUGAGAGCUUUGCAUGCACAUGGUGACACUGAUUCACACCACAGCCCUCAUCUUCCCCGCCUGGGUCAGUGUGUUUUGCUAUAGCCCCACUGUGGUGAUGUGUCAUGCGUCAGCUUAUGCCCAGUUAUGGUUUUCCCCCCAAAACUGCUAAUUUAGGAUGGCCUGAUAAACCAAGUGGUAUAAAUGCUGUGCUCACCAACAUGGCUUAUACGGUCUCUCUGGCUCUGGGCACACUUGACCACCCCAGUCCAGCUGAACAGCUUCAGCAGAGGGAAAAAUGAAUUCACUGCUCCUACCUCUCUAUGCAUACCUUGCUCCCACACAUUGUCGUGUGAGGGGUGCCCAGAAGUGAUUGCACAGAAGGGACUUCAGGGGGAAUCUGAUAAAUGCAGCUGAGCAUGAGAACCACUGUAACAGUAGAUAUGGGGUUUGAACUAAGGACAAUGGCCAGCUCACAUAACACAUGCCAGCCAGGCAAGGGUUGGAGCACUGAUGAAACACACAUGAUGCAGGGCAUCCAAGAUACAGGGUAUUCAGGUACCUCCUGGUGUCCAGAUGUCUCCUCUCCACAACGGGAGUGAUGGUUUUGAGGAUCUACCCUUGCGAUCAGGCACCUCAGGAAAGAAGGCAGCAGUAACAAAACCAAAGGUCUUUUCAUGAGUAGAGGUCUGAGGCUCAGGAUCUGCCACCAAACCGAACUGGAUUCAUGUCAUGAGUACUGACACAGGAUCAAAGGUCUAUAACUGUGUUUGAGGGGAAAGGAAACACAGAUGCUUCCACCAGUGGUGGGAAUUGCCAUUUUUGUGUGCAAUUUGUGCCCACCUUGAUGCAAGUGUGUCUGGCCCUGCAAGAGUAAAAAGCCAAUGGGAUAGACAGCUCAGGUUCUGUUGUCCAUUAGUGCCAUGGAACAGAGCCUGCCUGCAUACAGUGUGGUGUAUACGGCACCCUGAACUUCUCCAAAGCUCAGUUCCUCCCCAGACUCCUGAGGGCCUAGUUGCUGGUCUCCUUCACCAGCUUGAGCUUGAUAAACUGAGCAUUUAACAUUAACUGCUUAUGCUCUCUGCUUACCGUCUGCAUUUUGCCCACGUGGAAGAGUAAAUCAGCCCCCUUGUUUCUUCUUCAUUUCACCUUCUGUUCCUCUUUCACAAUGUCAAAUUGCUCAGGUUGCAAAUACUGACAGGGAACAUUUCACUACAAAGACGGUUUCAAUUACUUGCUUGAUGUUUCAUUAGAAGAUGACUUUGAACAAUAACUUUUUUCCAGCUUAUUAAAAUAAAACCGAUGGUUUGGACCCAAGAGACUAGACAGCACUUCUUUAAUUGACAGCUGGAGGUAGGAUAACACUUAUUUUUGGCUCAGAAGAAGGGAUAUCUGAUGCCUGACAUUUUAAUUCUGUGAGCACUCAGAUAGGUGGUUUUAUUGAAUGGUCAGCAGAUUUUGCCUAAGAAGCUUCUCAAAGCCAAGAAUGCACAGCAGAUAAAGACCAAUAUCUCCAGUUCUUUAUGGACAUCUUAGAUAGUUUAGCAAGGCCUGAUUCUGCCACCUUGCACCAAAAUGUUAACAGAUCUUUUUGUGUGUGGUUUGCCUUAUUGAGAAUGACAGAGACAGUGUCUGAAUUUGUUCUACCCACCAUGCCAGAUCUGUGGGAUGUUGUUCAUCAGUAGAUAGCAAUUAAUAGAGUCAUUAUACUGCAGAGAGAUGAUGAAGUUCAGCCGUUUUAAAUGAGAUUUUCUAGCACUGGGCCCACACCUGGGAUGAACACUACAGUUUAGUAUGACCAGCUCCAGAGCAACACUUUCAUCUUUCAAAAAAAAAAAAAGGUUUCAUUAUGCAUCAGACUAGGAGACUUUUGUAAUUUUCCAGGCAAAAAAUGACAUUCACACAAACUAGCUCAGAGUUUAGGGCCUUCCUCUACCUUACAGGAAAAGCAUGCUAAGUCAGUCUGCUGUAUCUGCAUCCAAAAAAUCCUCUUUGUCUGAAAAAAAAUAUUUUAAUCAACAAUUUUUCAAGUAAAGUGACAUUUUAUUGCUGUUAAGAUUGCAUCUGAAAAAUGUCCAAAGACAUAAAGCUCACCAUGUAUCUCCUAAGCUGGUGUGCAUCCUUUAUACACUUCAGGGUAAAAAAUCCUAUGUAUCUAUCCCAUCCAGCCAACCAUGCACUGUACUUAUGUAAUUAUUGCCAGAUGGUGAGAUGCAUUCUAUUUUGAAUACCUGAAUGUUUGCUUAUGUAAAUACAUAGAGAAAAGCAUUUGCUGUAUUUUGUAAUGUUAAUGUAAAAUGGUGUUUCAAUGCUUUGUUGUUUUGUCAGAUCUCACUGCUAGUAAAGCAGAUUAAAAUAUUUAAAUACCAUCAGUUGUUUUAUAAACUGGAGAUUUGUCUGAAGCGGUUAUUUCGUUUGGUUUAAUUUCUCCUACAUAUAUUCACAGUACAAUGUGUGCCGAAGGCUAAAGUACUUUUAAGUGUCUUGCUGGACAAAGAGAAAGACAUAUUGCAAAAUCUAACUAUCUCAGUAAACUGGUCAAAAACGAGCCAUUGCAAUCAUUCUCUUUUUCUAAGGACAGUCAUUCUUCUAU